UUGACUAUUCAGAAGCCGUCGACAUGUGGAGUGUAGUUUCUGCCAAGUGCUCGUGCUUUCAGUCUCUGUAAUGUCGUGAAUUAAUACUCCUAUAACGGCCAAAUUCUCCGAUCGAUUUCCUUGUACAUGAUUUUUUAAACUUUUGAGCUCAAAAAUGGGUCAGGAUCACGGAGAUUUUUAUAAUUGGUUCUGGGAUGAAAGCAUUUGGCUUCCUAAAAUAACCUCUUGGGAAAAGAUCAAAUCUAACCGCUUACCUAUCAUUGAAAACCUUGGAGGCGUAUACUUGUGUGUUCCAGUUGCGAUUGGGAUGAUGAUUCUACGAUUUGUAUUUGAAAGUGUUAUUGCAAGGCCCUUUGUGAUUUGGCUGGGUGUGAAAGGAAAGGAUACAGUUAGUGUUGUUCCAAAUGCUGCAUGUGAGAAAGCAUUUAAAGCAAGCAAGCACCCUAAUGCCAAAAAGAUUGCAGAACUGUCAAAACACUUGGAAUGGUCUGAAAGAGAGGUCGAAAGAUGGUUCCGUCAGCGCCGCACCAUGGAGCAAUAUACUGUUCUAAAGAAGGCAAAGGAAUGCAGUUGGCGCUUCAUAUUUUAUUUUUCUGCCACAGUUUAUGGAACUAUUAUUCUUGCAAAGCAAGGAUGUCUGUGGGAUCUGAAAGUGUGUUUCAUUGAUUAURAGAACCAUGUGAUGGGCUUGGAUCUUUACAUCUAUUACUUGGCAGAAAUUGGAAUGUAUAUCUCUCUGUCUGUUUCCCAGUUUACAGAUGUCCAGAGAAAGGAUUUCUGGCAAAAUUUGGUCCAUCAUGUGGCAACGUUAAUUCUUCUCCUGUACUCAUUUAUUGGAGGAUAUUUCAACAUCGGUGCUAUCAUUGUCUAUACUCAUGAUAUAUCAGAUGUUUUCUUGGAGGCUGCAAAAGUGUUCAAGUAUGCCAAGCGUCAAAAGAUCUGUGAUGUAUGUUUUGUUGUAUUUGCGGUGGUCUUUUACAUAACAAGACUCGUUGUAUUACCUUUUAGAGUAAUGUGGGCCUCUGUUGUGGAUCAUGAAUAUUACAUUGGUGCUUUCUUUGCAUAUAAAGUUAUGCUGGCAUUUCUUCUCUUACUACAGGUGCUUCACAUUUACUGGGCAUAUUGUAUCAAUAGGAUUGUAUAUAAAGCACUGACUGGAAAAGGUGUGUCAGACUCGAGAAGUGAUUCAGAAGACUUCUCCGAACCAGAGCAGAUAACCAAAGAUGUUCCACUUGAAAAGAAAAAGGCURUCUAGACAACAACAGUACAGCUAAACCCCAAUCAUCUUACAGUGAAACUAUAACCAGGCCACCUAGACAGCGAGAAUCAAUGAAAUAAGAACAAUGUGUAGUUCCAGAAAUCAUCCAUACCCACCCCACAGAGGAAUUUGGAAUUUCCGAAGAGUAGGGGUGUCAGAGAAAGAACGAAAAUUACAGAGUUUGUAUGGAAGAAAAUUGGAAUUUUUACGGGGGGUAGGGGGUGUCUUAAAAAAUUCCUCCAUGAGCGGGGUAUGGAUAAUUUUUGGAACUACGCAAUACAUUCCAACUUUGGGUAGUGGAGUCAAUCAGAAACCAGCAGAAARCRAUAGCUGCCAAAAUAUCUUUUUAUUCCCACAAGAAAAUUAUGAUGGCUAUGUCGUUGUUAACAUCAGGUUCAAAUUACCAUUGUUGUGCAUUCUAGGUUUCUGAUUGGCUUGUUUACCCAAACUAGAUUGCAUUGUUUUCAUUCUAUAACUGGUUCUCUUGUCUAARUGGCCCCGAUUACAGUAGUUAAGCUGUAACACUAGGGGCAAGCUAGAAAAAAAUAUGUAGUUUACUGCACUUUUCAGUUGAAUUUUAUUGAUUAGUGUCCAAUUUUUUUCUUUCUACUUAAUGACGUACAGACCUGGACUCGAUAACAUAAUGUUAUGAUGUCAGAAGUAUGUUGUUUUUACAUUAAAACUAUAAUCAAUAAAAUUAAAGCCAUGAUUCCAGCCUCAA